AUGACAUUUGUUGAGAGUAGUCAAGACGAAUUCGUGUCUCGCCUCUCAAAGGAGACUCUGAAGGACAUUGAGGGCCUUGAUCCGCUGCUGUUUGGGUUUGGCAGGGAGGAGUGCUGUGGACCCCUACCAGAUAAGCUUCCAGGAAGCAUAGCAUUCAAGGAACAUGUAUUUCUGUCCACCAACUUAACUGCAACGCAGUGGGAUGCAAAAACAGGAAAUGUUCCGGGUUAUACUGCACUUGAAAAGGCUGUCAAUUCGGAGGGGGGCAAGAAGCUCACCGUUUAUUACCGUCCUGGUCCUGAUACGUGUAUUUUGAGAUUUAAAUAUGAGGAGUCUUUGGCGUCGCUGCUCAUUACACAGUAUUCUUGCAUCACAGAAGAGGAACUCCCAUGGGAAUCCAACGGUGCGGUCAGCUGCGAUCGCUCAAAUGAGUUGUUUGUUUUUGUUUGCUCUCAUCGUUCUCGUGAUCACCGUUGCGGGUACUGUGGCGCCGUUUUGGUGGAUCUUCUGCGCCAGUCUAUCAAAGCCAGGAAGGGCGAUGAUGAAUCUAUUCACGUUUACCCAUGUUCUCACGUUGGUGGGCAUGUCUACGCUGGGAAUGUCCUGUUGUACAGUAAGCAUGGAGGUGUGUGCUUCGGCUGCUUUACCCCAGCUCAGGUAAAAACCUUUGUUGAUUUUCUCGUCGGGGGCGCUGUGGAAAUUCCCGCCUCACUGAAGCAGCGGAUUCGGGGCCACAUCGGCUACACAAAUGUCGACUCCAAGUGCUGCGUCAUGUAG